ACUUCCUGCGCAAGGAUGCACCGUGAUGACUCCCACCAAGCGGGGACAGUGCCUCGGGCGGCACCGCGACCACUCUCUCCCGCGGCGGCGGACGCAGCAGCUGCACGCCCGGCUGUAAUGGAAACUGGGGGCGAUGCCAGGACGGCACCUCCGCUGGAGGCAGGCGGCGUCGGCGAGUUUUCAGCUGCUCGUGCUGCAGGAUCUGCCGCCCCUCCCGCGGCGACUGCUGUUGCUCCUGCGGGCAGGAAGGGGAUGAAUAUUGAUGGGGCAGGCAGCGUGGCCGGCACAGACCCUGCUGCAAUGGCGAAGGGAGGCAGGGCCGCGGCGCCCGCCCCCUUCCCCCGUGUGCCUUACGCCAAGGAUCCCAAAACCGCCCACCUGCGCUUCCUGCGGAGGAGUGUGGUGGAUUCCGACCAGGAAGAGCCCACCUUCGAGCCCGCGGAGCCGGAGCUGCCGGCGCAGCAGAAGAAGAUCAUUCUCUUCUCCAAGACCAGGAGGAUAAUUGCAGAACGGGCGAAGGCAGGGCAGAGGCCGCUGGUGGAAGAGACGCGGCUCCAGGGAGAGCCCGCCGCCCAGGCGAAGGGGGAGGCCCCCGAGGGCCUCUCGACAGCCGGGGACGAGCCGAAGGAGGGUAGCGGCAAGGAGGAUGCCGAGAAAAAAGAGGCGCCCGAAUUUCCCAAGGAUCAGAGCAAGCCCAAGAAAGAGGAGGCCGAGGAAGAGGAGGAAGAGGCCGAUAUGAAAGCCGUGGCUACCUCCCCUGACGGCAGGUUUCUAAAGUUUGAUAUUGAACUUGGAAGAGGUUCUUUCAAAACCGUCUAUAAGGGGCUAGAUACGGAAACUUGGGUUGAAGUGGCUUGGUGCGAACUUCAGGUAAGCUGCAGUACCUAUUUUAAUGUCUUGCCUGGUGUCAAACCGGCAAGUUUUGAUAAAGUUACUGAUCCUGAAAUAAAGGAGAUAAUUGGAGAGUGCAUUUGCAAAAAUAAAGAAGAGAGAUAUGAAAUUAAAGAUUUACUAAGCCAUGCCUUUUUUGCUGAAGAUACUGGGGUAAGAGUGGAACUUGCAGAAGAAGAUGAUGGUAGGAAAUCCUCUAUUGCCUUAAGACUCUGGGUAGAAGAUCCUAAGAAACUGAAAGGAAAACCCAAAGAUAAUGGAGCCAUUGAGUUUACUUUUGAUCUGGAGAAGGAAACUCCUGAUGAUGUUGCACAAGAAAUGAUCGAUGCUGGAUUUUUUCAUGAGAGUGAUGUCAAAAUAGUUGCAAAGUCAAUCCGUGACCGAGUAGCAUUAAUACAGUGGAGAAGAGAGCGGAUUUGGCCUAUGUUGCAGUCAGAGGAUAAUCGGGAUCCUGAGAGUUUGGAAAAAACAAAGGCCCCACAAGCACAACCAGUUCAGGUUACCUAUCUUUCUCACACUGGUCAUCACAUCCUGUCAGAGCCAGAAGAACCUGAAGCUGACCAGCAUAUUUCUCAACAGAAUCUACCCACAAGCAUUACUUCGCUUGCUUCUGAUAGCACAUUUGACAGCGGUCAGGGAUCCACUGUAUAUUCAGACUCCCAGAGCAGCCAGCAGAGUGUCAUCUACUCAUCUAUGCCUGAUGCAAUACCUCCUGCUAUUCAGCGGGUUUAUAGCCCACCGCUCAGUGACAGUCAGGCUCUGCCCCAUAGUCUUCAGCAACUGGGACCCUACCAGCAACCUUCAAUCCCUGGACUUCCAGUGAUUCCGACUCCACCUGCUGCUGUUUCUCAGCGACCACAACAUUACCAAGAACCAGCAAUCUCAUUCCCCAUUUCCCAUCCCACCUCAGUUGCUCCUGUGCCAAUGAGACAACCUCAGCCUGUGUUAGCCAGCCAGCAGCAGUCUAUCCCAACUCCAGCUCCUCUACAGCAAAUUCUCACCAACCAGCCCAUUUGCUCAGUGCAGCAGCCUCCACCGCAGCUGUUACCCCAGUAUCCAACUCCCAGUUCUCAGGUGGCAGGUACCAAUAUACCACUGGCACCUUUACAGAUCCCCGCUAUGCAGCAGCUUCCACCAGUUCCACCUGGCCAGAUUCCUCAGUUUCCUGUCAUUCCUGCAGUUACUCCUCUGGCAGGACUUGACAGCCAUCCUCCAAACCUGUCUGAUAUACCUGCUGCAAAUGUGCCCCCUAUACCUGCUCCUUCUCAAUAUUUUUCUCCAGCUGUGAUGUUACCAAGCCUCCCUGUGAACCCUGCUCUGCCACUGACAUCAAAUCCCCCUGCCCUACCCAUGCAAGCAGUCAACCUUCCUCAUAGUACUGUGGCUUCCUUGGUCUUGCCCUGCCAAACAAUUGUGCCAAAUAUGUCGGCUGCUCCAAUACCAUUACUUGCUGUGGCUCCACCGGGAGUGUCAGCUUUACCAACACAUCAUGCAGUAGCCCAGCUCUCCCAGCAGCAAAUGUACCAGGCUACCCUCCAGCAGAUAAUUCAGAAUGAAGCUUUUUCCUCUCCCCAUCACACACAGAACAUGCAAGCAGUUUCACAACAGCAGCAGCAGCAGCAGCAGCUGCCUCCACUUCCUCAGUCACUUCAACCAAGCAUAAUUCAUCCUUCAGAACAGACUAUGUCUGCAUCUGGGGCUGGUAAUCAGAUUAUGGGACACUCUCAGUAUACCAUGGAUAUUGGAACCCAGAUGCCUACAUUGCCAGUGCAGCCUUCUGCAGUUAGAUCACCACCACUGCAACUACAACCUGAUGUAUUGCCUCCCUGCAUUGGUCCUGAAGGUCUUUCACAAAGCAUCCUUCCUCCAGCUGGUGCAGCAAUGCCUGUAGAUCAUGGCCCUCCUCUCCAGUCUACUGCUUAUGUGAAAUCUCAGCCAGAUAAUCACCAGCCACUGGGUCAGCAGGUUCAGGUUCCAUGCCCAGUCAUCCCACUGGCUCCAGAAUCUUCAAAAGAGGAGCAUGCAACAGUGGAGAAGCAGCAAUCGCUAUCACAGAGUUGUGAAAGUUAUAUGAGUCCUGAUGUUGCUUCUGGUAAAGAGAUGAGUGACAGCUUUGAAGGAACAAGUGGGAGUGGAAAGCAAGAAGGAAAACCUUCAAAGAAACAUAAAAAAUCAGCUCGUACUCGUUCACGUCAGGAAAAAUCCAACAGGCCAAAACUUACGAUUUUAAAUGUGUGCAACACAGGGGAUAAGAUGGUGGAAUGUCAGCUAGAAACACACAAUCACAAAAUGGUUACGUUUAAAUUUGAUUUAGAUGGUGAUGCUCCAGAAGAAAUUGCUACUUAUAUGGUAGAAAAUGAAUUUAUACUGCCUACUGAGAAAGAGAUAUUUAUUGAGCAACUGAAAGAAAUUAUUGAUAAAGCAGAAGAUAUGCUUAGUGAAGAUACAGAAGGGGAACGCAGUUCUGAUCAAGGUGCAAGCCCACAGCAGGAUACUUAUGGGCUGGAAAUCAAAGAGGAGAAUCGGCAAUCUCAAGCAAGAAUGCCAGUGUACCAACAAAAUGUUCUACAUACAGGAAAACGUUGGUUUAUCAUUUGUCCUGUUGUGGAAAAUCCAGUAGCUGAAGUACCAGAAUUCUCUCCAACUAUUCCUCAAAGUGCAAAACAGGCUGAAGCCAAAGACCUGGAGCAGUUGGAUGACCAGCAGCAGAGCUCCACAGUGACAGACAAGCAAACAAACGCAGCUUAUCAGCAGUUCUCUAAACAAAGGAGCAGCUAUGAGAGCCCAAGAGGAACUCCUCCCCCAUCUCCACUGACACAUGUCUCUGCACAACCUCCCUCAACCUCCCUUUCACAGGUUCAGCCAGAAAUCACCACACUCCCACCAGCAGCUCCAUCUGCUCUAGACCAGGCUGCCGAAAGUACAGGUCAGCUUGAGCAGCCUGUUGCACCCAGUCAGCCCGACACGUCUGCGUACAGCAAGACCUCACACGAAGAGCAUGCUGAGGUCCAGCAAGCUCUGAAUGCCCCACUGCAGGCACCACAACGAAGAGAAGGAGCCACUUGUGUACCCGAUGCAGAGGCUGAGCACAGCGCGGCUGGGCUUCCAAAGCUGCUCCAGCCUGGCCCUGUCCAGGCAUCAGAAGUCUCCUCGCCCCCUCUGCUCCCCAGUGCUGCCCUUCUAGAACACCAGCCUCCAACACAAGUUUCCAGUUUGCCAGACAGCAGCCAGCCUGGUCAGAUGCAGCGUUCUUUUGUAGGCCAGAUCCUUCCUGUGACUGCUGUCCCCGACCCACAGAGUCUGGCAGCACCUCAGCUUUCAAGUCCUCCUCACGUGUCAGCAGCUGCACCCCAGCAUCACGUGAUGCCAGCCCAAGCCCCACCUGCACCUUCCAGUGGCCUUGCCACGAGUGCACCGCAGCCACCCUGCGCAGUAGAAUCAGAUGGCGAAGGACCACCCAGGGUGGAUUUUGCUGACAACACGAUAAAAAGCCUGGACGAGAAACUGCGCAAUCUGCUGUACCAGGAGUAUGUGCCCACAUCAUCUGCAUCAGCAGCAACACCAGACAGUUUUCUGCCCUUGGACCAGGGGGACAGUGAAUUUAACUUGGAACCCUUGCCUACAAUUGUGCUGGAUUUGAAAGUUCCUGGAACUGGCAUGGAUGUUCACGUGGCUGAGGACCAACCUGCACCAAGCACAACUAUUCCUGAUCUGGUGCAAAAAUCAGAAAUUACUGGUACUGGUAUCCAGCCUUCAAAGAUAAGCCAUGGGCCAACAAGCAGAGCAGGUCAAGCUGCAAAUAUUACUUCAGCUUCUGUUGCCGUACCAUCAGAACUCCCUCAGGUCACUUCUGCAUCAUCAAAUGUAGCUGACCAGAUAGAUGCUUCUAAGAGGAAUGAAAAGGAAAGUAUUAUAACUUUCAAAGAGAAAAAGAAAUCUCAAGAAGAUGACUCUGUAGACUCUGGCAUUAGUGUGAAACAAGCUGAGAUGCUGAACAGUACACCAGCAAAAACUAUUGGUAGAUUUUCAGUGAUCAGCACCCAGGAUGAGUUAACUUUACCAUCUGUCCAUUCCUUAAGAUACUCUGCACCACCAGAUGUUUAUCUGGAUGAUCAGCCUUCUAGUCCUGAUGCGAAGACAACUUUGCGGCGCGUACAGACAGCAUCCUCGAUUGAUGUGCUUUGUGGUCAUGAUUCUAGUGAUUCUGAAGAUGAAUCUCUUCAGAGGAAACCAGCUGCAGCUCCAGUAUCGCCUCAACUCAGUAGUGCAGGAAAUGACCAUACAAAAAGGACCUCACCUUUUCUGCAAAAGUCUGUCAAGUCCAGUUCUCAAGGCCUUGAUUCCCCUAAUGGUCAUGCAUCAAAAAUCCCAACUAUUAACAUAACUUCUUUCCACUCGCAGUCAUCAUAUGUUAGCAGUGACAAUGACUCUGAGUUUGAAGAUGCAGAUAUGAAGAAAGAAUUGCAGAACCUGAGAGAAAAACACAUGAAAGAAAUUGCUGAGCUGCAAUCUCAGCAGAAGAAAGAAAUAGAAGCUCUGUACAUUCGUCUUGGAAAACCUUUACCACCGAAUGUCGGAUUCCUUCAUUCUGCCCCACCAAGUGGCCGUCGAAGAAGAACCAGCAAGAACAAAUUAAAAACGGGAAAGUUAUUAAACCCUGUUGUUCAGCAGCUCAAAACAACAUCAACCAACACAAGCAAUGUGUCAGACUGCAAAGACUCUUUGGCUACAGAAAGCACUAAAGGUCAGACUGGUUCUGCUGAAGCAACAACACUCACUUCAUCCACAUCAGCCAUACUUGGAAAGUCAGUUCAGACACAGCAGCCCUGCUCUGUCAAGGCUUCCUUGUCUUCUGACAUCUGCUCUGGAUUAGCUACUGAAGGAGGCGAUGCCCAUGGAAAUGCUGGCCAAGGCUGGACGGUUUUCCACCAAACGUCUGAGAGAGUGACCUAUAAAUCUAGUAGCAAACCUCGUACCAGAUUCCUCAGUGGACCUGUGUCUUUGUCCAUCUGGUCCACUCUGAAACGACUAUGUCUAGGCAAAGAUCACAGUAGUAGAUCCUCAACAAACAGUCUUGUAGCUUAUCCAGACCCAUUACCGCAAGCAACACUACAGGUUCAAGUACAAGCCAACAACAGUAACAACAAGAAAGGAACUUUCACGGAUGACCUUCACAAAUUAGUGGAUCAAUGGACAAGCAAAACUGUGGGAGCUGUACAAGCAAAACCAUCCUUAAACCAACUCAAGCAGAACCAAAAACGCCAAGACAUGGAGCCAAAGGCUAAUGCCAUGCAAACACAGAAUGAGACGUGUGGAGUUAAUUCAGUAAGAACAGGAAUGGGGAAAAAGUGCAUUGGUCCAGUGUCUUGCCCAUUGCCACCUGCAUUAACUCCCGGAGUGUCAGCAUCCAUGCCAGUGCCUCUGCCAGGUAUAAUCCUUUCUGGCACAGUAAAACCUUAUGAUGUGAUGCCUCUUUGUCAAUACGGAGGAGCUUUCCCUACGCCACCUUUUGGAGUGCAUUGGGCAGGCUCGACAGUACAGCCUGGGAUUGUAGGAGGCCAGAGCGUUGUGCCGUUUCCAGGGCUCGGCAAAGCCAGCUUCCAGCUCUUUCCGGUGCCGCUACAGCAACCUGUUGCCAGUGCCAGCCCACCUCGGGGCCCUAACGUGAGAAUAACCUAGUUUUGCCACCUCUGGGUAGUGGAUGAUGAUUUCCAAAUUGCAGAUGCAGUGUUUGAGCCUAAAUGCAGUAUAUGCGCUUACCUGCCGGCACUCCCUUCCGGCUCUCCGUGCACAAUGCCGUGCGCGGCAUCAAGCAAUCACGGUGAAGUUCUCACACCGAUCUGUUUGUUGUUUGUUGCCGUGGCGAUACUAGCUUCUCCUCCAUUGCCGAAGACACUUUAUUUUGUGUUCUGGUGUUUGAAAGUGCAACCUUCAGUGCUGAGGUACUUGAAUUGAUGGUUAAAGACAACUGUAUUAAUUCUGCAGGAGUAUAGUGCCUUGAAUUCAAGCUUUUCAGUUCUGGCUGGAAAGAUGUACAAUAAUAAUAAUGAUAAUAAUGAUGAUAAUGUUGAUGAUAAUGGAAAGGUGUAUUUUAUUUACUGCUUGUGUGAGAUUAUUUUUACUUUUAUUUGUGCGCUCUCGCUCUCUCUCUUCUCUGUAUAUAUACAUAUAUUAUCAAUAGUUUACAUUUAAAACUCUCGAUCACUUUUCAUUUUUUUCUGUAAAUGCUUUUAUUUUAAGUGAUGGAUAAAUGGCAAGGUAAAUUUGCUGGUUUACUUGUUUAUAGAGUGAAUUACUUGAGCAUACUGACUGAAGUCUUCAUUUGUAUGAGAAGUAAUAAAAUUAGUAACUUUGUUUUUACAAUAACAGCAUUUACAAACAUUUGAAAAUAAGAUAUAUAUGUAUGCAGGUAAAAGCUUUGGGCAGUGCAAUUCACUUUGUUAUGCAUUAUUUUUCUGGAAAAACUGUUGCAAGUAACAACUUCUGUUUUCAUUUGAAAUAGCAAAUUCAGACAGCCUCCCUCCCUCAUUUAGCUGCAACAUUUCUCCUCCCAUUCUGUACAAAUUAUAUAAUUAAGUUAAAUUAUGAAUUCAUGCAUGUUUGAUCUGUGAAAUAAGCUUAAUCAUAAUCUUGAUUAUACAAGAGCCCAACCCAAAGUUACUAUAUGAACUAUGUAAGUACAGAAUUUGACUCAUAUCUCAUCUGCCUUUGUUUUGUCAGUGGUCUCAGUUCAGAACUGCAUUUGUCCCUAAACUGCUCAUGGUAUUCUCACUGAAACGAAAUUAAAUGUGAAGCUUUAUUUUCUACUACCCCACUUCAGUUAAAAACCCACACAUUUGAAUUAAUGCCUACACGUUAAUUCAACACUAUAGAUAACCAGGCAGUUCUUUCCUGUCUUGACUUAUGCCGUUUUGUUUUCAUUUGGUUCACCUCUCAUAUGUAGACUUUGCAUUGUCACCUCUUAGUCUAAAGGCACAAGGUAACAAUUAAGAUUAAUGUGCAGAUUGGUAACACUCCACUUGAAGAAAUAAGACAGACACCGGCAAGCAUAAUGGCACACCUCAAAAAACCUUAACAAUAGUCAAGUUGAAGAAGUGCUGUACUCUCUCUUCUCUCAAUUUCUUUCUGGCAAUGACAUUUUGACUUCCCUGACAAAAGGGCAGAAUGGCCAGUCUGUGAUUUGCAUUGUUCUACAACUGGGAAUUAAGAAUUGUCCAAAAUAUUUUGUUGGUAUCAUUUAGUUUAUAUUAUUCCAUCAAUUCGAUUAGAAUUGAAUUUUGUAGAGUAAGGUGCCGAGUCUUCUGCUUUGGCAAAAUGCAGACUGUAGUAAGAGAUUUCUGUUCUCUGUAACAUGUGUCUUUCCUUUGUUUGAGACUUUAUUUGAGAUUCAUGUCUGUAUGCUUUAUGAGCAAAAUAUGGGAAAUCUGUCUUCACCAUUCCCCCUCAGCUUGCACUGAAACCUACAGUUUGUCUCUCUUGCCUGUUGCAUAGUUCAGCCCCUUGUAUAUGGACAGUCAGUGGCACCAACCCUCACUCCCAGGAAAUUGUAUAUAUUCAAGAGAAGAAAAAAUAAACAUUUUUGUGCUUGAAAAAAUUGUGGAAAACCCAGUGUGUUGCUAAAAUGCUCAGAUACGAUAAGGGAGUACAGCUCUUGGAAUCGCAUGCCCUACAUCUUCAAACACUGAAUAUAAAGGAGUCCCAUGUGGCUGGCUCAGAGUUCAGGUGUCCACCAUUCUCCAUGUGCACCACCUCAGUUACGGUCUUGGACAUCAAGUUAGCCUAAUUCUGCAGAUGCUGAUGUACCUAGAAAUGCUACAUAUACGAACAAGCCUUGGACCUUAUAAUAACAGAGGUUGCAUUACAUUGUAUUAGCUCCUGUU